UAAUUAAAAAAAAAAAAUUAUAAUCUAAGCUAAAAAAAUUUAAUAAAAACUUUCAGCAACUAAUUAACUCAUAAAUAAAUAAAUUAUCACUAUUUAACAAAAAUAUUAAAUUCCCUUCAAAUGAUUCUUUCUUAAGUCCUUGAGCUAAUACCUGAAGAAAGCCUUAACUAAAUCAAGACUUCUAUCCUUAAAAUCCUUGAUGAAAAAAUCAAAAACCGUUACUACAUUAACAAGCAUUUCCAAAAUGCUAUCAUGAACUAUUUUUUGGAAGAUUAUGGUUCAUUCUACUUACGUGAUUAAUUCGACAAAUAAUCCAAUAGAGAAGUUCGUCGUUACUUAACCUCACUUGCCGGAGAGCGUGGAUAUAAAGGUACUAAAUACAUGAUUAUGAUGAAUAUCUACUUUGAUGUUCACAAAGGGUUCGAUCUUAUAAAUGAAUACCGCCAGCUCUUAAAAAACGUUGCACUCUAAGAAAAUUCGUUCGAUCCUGAAUCACAAGAAUAUAUCUCCCACGCUUGGAAGAAAGCUUUUGGCUUGUUUGUGCUAGCUCAUAGUUUUGAUCGCAGCUUAACAUCUAUUUUUGAUAUUUGGAAUAGCCUUUUCCUUGAUUAAAAGAUUUUUAGAAAGAGAAGACCUAAUUCUAAAACAUCCUAUUCAAAUUCUUAAAAAGCAUAAAAUAUGCAAAAUUAAUCAUAAAAAUCUUGCCUAAAAUAGUAGGAUAGUUCUUAUGAUUAAGACUCAUCUAUUUCCUAAACUAAUGAAAAAUAGGAGAAGCAAAAGCUCUUAGUCAAAUAAGAAUUUGCUGACAGUUCUCUCACUACUUGUAAUUCUACAGUCAAGAAUUCCAAUAUGAACAAAAACAACUUAAAAAUGAUCAAUGCCAACAAUCAACCUCAAUAAAAAUCUUUUUGUGAAAGCACUUCUAUUUACACUAAUAACUUCGAAACAGCAUCAGAUUCAAUAUCCCACACUUCAAACAAUUUGUAAGAUUCAAAAGAGGUGCGCUUCGCUUCUAAUAAUCAGAAUAUUUCUAUAUAUGCUUUCCAACCUUAAAUUCCACUACAAUAAGUAAUUCCUCCUUAACCUUCUCAAUUCUUGCUUUAAGGAUAAAAAAUAGUUACCAUCCCUCCAGUAUAAAUAAUAAACCAAUCAAAUAAUAACUUGUUCCAAGGAGUAGUAUCUCCUUUUGGAUAAUAAGCUAUAUUUAUAAAUCCCCAACACAUCAUGAUCAACUAACAACAAAUGAUUGCUCUCUAACACUAAUAAUAGCAAUAAUUAUUACAGUAGUAGUACUAACAACAAAUGAUGUUAGUUGAGUAGUAAAAGUAAUUUAAUUUGUUAUUAGCAUAACAAUUGCCUAAAGUUGUUGGAACAGUUUGA